GGAACUUUCCAAGUUGGAUCUUUCUGCCCGUAAACAGAAAAAUUAUUCAACUCCUCUGUUUUCACAAAGAAAAGAGUCGUCUACGCGAAAAGCUUUAACAAAUUUAGAGCGUAACCUGUUAAUUUUUAAAGAACAAAACGGAGUUGCGAUCACAUUCCAAACGAAAUGGAGCUCAAACCUGGCCUAUCAGCUCUGGUCACUGGUGGAGCCUCUGGAAUCGGUAAGGCACUUUGCUUGGCUCUUGGAAAGAAGGGAAUAUUUGUGACAAUUGUUGAUUUCUCUGAAAAGGGAGCGGAAGUGGCAUCCCUAGUUGAAAAGGAGAAUGCAAAGUUUCACUCCAACUUAGAAUUUCCUGCUGCUAUGUUUGUAAAAUGCGACGUGACCAACACAAGGGAUUUAAAUGGUGCUUUUGAGAAGCAUUUAGCGACUUAUCAAGGAUUGGACAUCUGUAUUAAUGGUGCUGGAAUUGGCACUUCAAUACCAUUCCAUAAGGACCAAACUGAUGGCACUCGAACAUGGAGACACGCCAUUAAUGUAAACCUGAUUGCAGUUAUUAAUUGCACCCAGCUUGCGAUUAAGAACAUGGAAGCUAUGCAAAAGCCUGGUGUAAUUAUAAAUAUGGGAUCUGCUUCUGGUCUUUAUCCGAUGUACGUUGAUCCUAUCUACUCUGGCUCAAAAGGUGGUGUUGUCAUGUUUACUAGAUCACUUGCACCCUACAAACGUAAAGGGAUUCGCAUCAAUGUGCUUUGCCCUGAGUUUGUUCAAACAGAGAUGGGCUUAAAAAUUGAUACUAAAUUUGUUGAUUUAAUGGGGGGCUUUGUGCCUAUGGAAAUGGUGGUAAAAGGUGCUUUUGAACUUAUCACCGAUGAGAGUAAAGCUGGUUCAUGCCUCUGGAUUACCAAUCGUAGAGGCAUGGAAUAUUGGCCCACUCCUGUGGAGGAAAAAAAGUACUUGGUGCGUUCUUCAAGUUUCAAGAAAAGGUUUCCGCUCAAGGUCUCAUCAAAUUUCCAACUUCCCAAGAGUUUUGAGAAAAUAGUUGUUCACACCUUAAGUCACAAUUUUCGUAAUGCUACCCGCAUUGUGAGCAUGCCAUUGAGAUUGCCCAUCAAGCCAAAUCAUGUUCUUGUGAAAAUCAUUUAUGCUGGUGUAAAUGCUAGUGAUGUAAAUUUCAGCUCAGGGCGUUAUUUCAGUGGCCAAAAUAAAGACCAAGGCUCCAGUCUUCCAUUUGAUGCUGGUUUUGAGGCUGUGGGAAUAAUUGCAGCAGUUGGGGACUCUGUGACUGACCUGACAAUUGGCACCCCUGCUGCAGUCAUGACUUUUGGAAGUUAUGCUGAAUUCAUAAUGGUUCCUUCGAAACACGCCCUCCCUGUGGCAAGACCAGAUCCAGAAGUGGUUGCCAUGCUUACUUCAGGAUUGACAGCAUCCAUUGCACUAGAAAAGGUUGGACAAACGGAAUCUGGAAAAGUAGUUCUUGUUACUGCAGCUGCGGGAGGGACGGGCCAAUUUGCUGUCCAGCUUGCAAAAUUAGCCGGAAAUACAGUGGUUGCAACUUGUGGAGGUGAGGAAAAGGCCGUGCUCUUGAAAAAGUUGGGAGUUGAUCGGGUCAUAGACUACAGAGCUGAAGACAUAAAAACUGUUCUUAAGAAAGAGUUUCCCAAAGGUGUUGAUAUCGUCUAUGAGUCUGUGGGUGGUGACAUGUUUAACCUGUGCUUGAAUGCUUUGGCAAUCCAUGGACGACUUAUUGUGAUUGGAAUGAUAUCACAGUAUCAAGGGGAGCACGGAUGGAAGCCAUCAAAUUACACUGGCCUAUGUGAAAAGAUUUUGGCUAAAAGCCAAACUGUGUCUGGCUUUUUCCUGGUACAACAUAGUCACUCAUGGCAACAGCAUUUGGACAGGCUGUUUAAUAUUUUUUCUGAGGGAAAGCUGAAGGUUGCCAUAGACCCAAAAAGAUUUUUGGGCCUCAAUGCUGUUGCAGAUGCUGUUGAAUAUCUACAUUCCGGUAAAAGUGUUGGCAAGGUGGUCGUUUGCAUCGAUCCAUCCUUCAGUCAACCGACGGCAAAACUAUGAGCAAAUGUCAAAUUAUGUCCCUAUCUUUGUUUCCAUUUUUUAACAAAAUAAAUGUCAGUCUGAAUAAAAGAAAAUAAUAUCGCUGGCCAACAGUUCAUACAGCUGUUACCCAAAGGGAGGAUGUAAGGAAGCACUGCCGAUACACCGUCUUAGCUUUUAUUGAUUUCAUUUGAUGUAAUCUCAAGUUCUUGUUAGAAUUUGAGGGAUUCAAGUAAGAGCGAAAUAUAUAUAAAUAUUAUAGAGUCUA